GAGAAAGGAAAGCAGAGCGAGGGAUCAUCUGCCACUUGCACUGUCUAGUCUGUCAGAACCAUCUCAGGCCAAACCUGUCAUCAACGACUUCUUUGAUUAAGACCACUCACUACACCUUCACCCCUUAUUAUUCAAAAACCAAACGACUCAAAACACGACAUAGUCUACCUAGUCAUUCGAUUCAUCGCCUGAACUCCGGCUUCUUAGUCUUCAAUACCAUCGCACGUACCUGUACCUCAUACCGCGUUGUAUCCAUUCCGGCGCAGUUUAAACAACACCCCAACUUGGGCGUCCCAAACAUCUGUCCUUUUCCACCACCUCCACCUCCACCACCCUCCUGCUCAGCGUUGGAAACGACGCGACAACUUCAAAAAUGACGAUUGCCGAUGAAUUCAGACAGCGCAAUUUCAGUAUCUACGGGCAAUGGCUCGGAGUGCUCUGCAUUAUCCUAGGAAUCGCUUUAGGCAUUGCCAACAUCUUCCAUUUCAACCUGUUGAUUCUGUUUAGCGUCAUCCUACUUGUGUCGUCCUUUGUCUUGAUAUUCAUCGAGAUUCCACUCCUCCUCCGAAUAUGCCCUACGUCGUCCAAGUUUGAUGCGUUUAUUCGCCGCUUCACCACAAACUACAUGAGAGCGGCAAUCUACGGUAUUAUGGCUGUGGUCCAAUACUUGAGCAUCAUUGUCGACACCAGCAGUUUGAUCGCCGCAGCCGUUGUCCUGACACUGGCUGCAGCUUGCUAUGCCUUGGCCGGAUUGAAGCAGCAAGACUUUGUCGGAAGCAAAACACUAGGUGGACAAGGUGUUGCACAGAUGAUUGUGUAAAGUUUGAUAUCCCCCUCUGCGACAGCCAGCACCGAACCUUGCAACCCGGGGGACAAAAAAUCCCAGCCAAGAAGGUGUUUCGCUUGGGACAUCAGAUCCCUCGACUGAGUUGCCCCCCGCGCUGGGCCUGAGCUGGAGUUAUGAUGUUACCAAUACCAAGGCGUUUUAAGGAAAGAAAAGUAACGAGGAGAAGAACUGUCUGGGGAUGCGAUGGCCGAAAGGACACAAAACUUUUGUAUGCCUGUCUGUGACAUGUGAUCAUGGUCAUGAGACCGGCGACAUUGAAUGAGAUUCUACGCUAGCAGCAGGACGAACCAUGAUAUAAUUGAUCAUGGAUGUGGUCUCUUCAAGGGGCUCAUUGAGAGAAAAACUAUUUCCAAGCUUAUUAGUACUGUGUUCUCACUACCAACAUGAGACAAAGCACGACAUGUAAUUAUUGUAUCAAGGGAAGUGCAAGAUUUUGGAGUAUGACGUAUAUGUUAGUAGAGCUGUGAAGACAUGUCGAGCGAA